CUGUAAUAUUAUUAGAGUGCUAGUCGUAGAUUUGUACACUUUUGUUUGUGUUAUUGAAAAAAUUUUUGAAUUAUAUGUUGUUUUCUAAUUCAAUAUCUAUUUCAUGAAAUGCAUAUGUAUAAUAAUACGUUAUAAGUCUUUAUUGCUAAUCAUUGUGUUUACAUUCUUUCGAUAGCAUUAUCUGACAUCUAUAAGUAACCUAAUUUUGAUAAUAUUAAAUUCGGCUAGAUUUGAAUUUGUUACAUGGGAUGUUGGGUUAAUAUGGUCAAUUAUAUACAUUAAUCUUUAUAAUUCAUUAUUAAUUUGUAAUUGCAUUAAUAAAUAAUAGGAAGAGAGUAAAUAAUGAAAUGUUAAUAAAAUUAUAAAAUUAAUUUUUUUCUAUGAUUCUAUUUUGGUAACAUGACACAACAUUUAUUGUAUUCUGAUGUAGUUCUUUUAUUAUUCAAAUUUACUGUAAAUUCUGUGUAGUUUAAUGUAUUAUACUAGUUAAUUUGAAAAUGGAAAACGCAGAAGCUAUAGAGCACUUUUAUGGUGUAUAUUUGCUAUAUUGUAUGAAUCCAAAAUAUAACGGAAGAACAUACAUAGGAUAUACAGUUGAUCCUUGUCGUCGACUUAAGAGACAUAAUGCUGGGAAAGAACAUGGAGGUGCAUGGAAAACAAGUAAUAAAGGGCCAUGGAAUAUGGUAUUAAUUAUUCAUGGCUUUCCAAAUAAUACAUCCGCCCUUAGGUUUGAGUGGGCUUGGCAACACCCUCAUAUUAGUCGCCGUUUGAAACAUGUACCUAAGAAAAAAUCACAACAGAAACUAAUUGAAUUUUGCUUUCUGGUUCUGUCAAAUAUGUUAAAAGUUGGACCUUGGUGCCGUUUACCUUUAACAAUUCGUUGGCUAGAUUAUGAGUUCUUUGAAAAGUACUCUAGCUAUGUUUCAGCUCCAAUGCAUAUGCCUAUAUGUCAUGGAAAAGUAAUUUCCAAAAAGAUUAAGAAGACAAAUGAUACAGUAGAAACAUUGGCUGAAUCAUCUAUAAUCUGUUCUAUUUGUAAUGCACCUUUAGAAGAAAAACAAGCAGUUAGCUGUAUAAAACCUAGCUGUUCAUUAAUAGCUCAUUUAAUUUGUUUGGCACAAUUAUUUCGUAAAGACAACAUGAUUUUACCAAUUGAAGGUACUUGCCCUAUUUGUAAUACCAAUGUUUUAUGGGGGGAUUUAAUUAGAAGAAAGAUUGGUUGUUAUGCAAAUUUGCAAGAAGUUUCUAGUGAUGAAGAUUAUUAUACUUGAGGUAAAUUAUAUAAACUUUUUCAAUUGUAUAUAGUUUUAACAAUGACAACAAUGAAUAUAUCAACAAUUUAAGAUCAUCUAAUUGCUCCAACUUCUUAUUAUUUUUAAAGUUUUAUCUGUAAAAGAAAAUUUUGAAAAUAAAAUGAAUUAUUAUUAUAACA